UGAUACCUUUUCCGGCUUUGUAUCAUAGUCUUACUUCUACGUUUCGCCAGUUUGUUUGAUUUCUCAAGACAGUCAGAUCGCUAGCAGCGCCGGUGAACUUCGCUUAAAGUUAUUACUGUACCUACCAUGGCAGCUCAGAACACCAUAAAACAUUUCUUGCUGAUUUCGAUCCCAGGAUUCGGACACACUAUCCCGAUGGUGGGACUGGCCCGCAAACUAAGAGCACGUAAUCACAAAGUUACCUUCGUAAUCUGCAAAGCGGCCGUGGAACAUCUUCGCAAGAAAGGCGAGCUCACUCCGGAGGAUGAACAAUCCAUCCACCUGAUUGGACUGGAAGACGGCAUCCCCGAGUGUGAGUCGGAUGAUGCUCUCACCGUGACUUCCGUGAUGGGGUUUCAGGAUCACGGCUUGCCGGCGCUGCAAAAGCUGGUCAAAGGGAUACCCGUUGCUGGGCAACCCCCCUCGGAAUGCAACAAUCAGUAUGGUAUCACCGUGCCGGUUAACGCAGUGGUGGCCGAUAUUUUCGUUGCCGGAGCGAUCGUCGGGUGUGUCGAGCGGAAGCUGCCGUACUACUUCCUAAAUUGCUCAUCCCUUGGACCGUUCCGCAAUAUGCUGUAUGUCACCGAGCGCACACCAGUCAUCGAAACAAACCAUAUGGAACGCUUUGACAUUAUCCGACCCGAGUCGGAAGGCCCCCAACCGGCCAUCGGUCCUACGCAGAAGGAGUUGUCUUUAGCCAUAAACCAAUUCUUCUCCACAGCUAACGGAUUCCUUAUCAAUUCAUUCCGGGAAAUCGAGCAGCGUUUUAUUGAUGAAAUCAAGCAGGAUUCCCGCAUGAGCAGCCUGGAGUAUUACUGCGUGGGACCGUUUAUGCCGGAAGAGAAGGAUGACCAGAAUCCCAGCCAUGCCGAACUCGGACAAAAGGUCACACGUUGGCUGGACCGCCAAGCAGACAACUCAGUGGUAUACGUGUCGUUCGGCUCGGUGGUCAUUCCCAACGAGAGCCGUAUCGUGGAGGUCGCUAAGGCCCUGCAGGCGCUGAAAAAGCCCUUCAUCUUUUCCAUCCGCCAGCAUCAGCAAUCCAUUCUGCCGGGUGACAUACGUGUCGGCAUCGAUACCCACGUGGACAAUCCGGAAGCACCGGGACUGUUUUUACACUGGGCACCGCAGAAACUGAUUCUGGCCCACCGAGCCACCGCGGUUUUUAUAAGCCAUUGUGGAUGGAAUAGCACGAUCGAGAGUUUGUUCCACGGGAAGCCCGUUGUCGGUUGGCCCAUCUUUGGGGAUCAACUGGAGAACGCAUUGUGGGUCGAAGAGCUGGGUGUGGGAGAGUCGCUGGUUCGCCGCGAGCACGCUGCUAAUGAUGAAGAGAAAAAGAAUAUCAACAGUGAGAAAAUUGUCGCGGCCGUUCGGCGUGUCGGCUACGACAGUGACGCGGCUCGGAAAGCAGCGCUGAAAUGGAAGGAUAAGAUUCGGGAGGCCGUCGCACCGGGCGGAAGUUCUAACCGUGAACUGCAGAACUUUAUCGAUGCCAUAUUGUAAUACGUACUAACUCAACCUCAGUUAUGUAUUUGGCGAUAUUUGCGAUGUGGCUUAUUGUGGCCAAUGGCGACAAGUGCAAUGGAAUAACCAAAUGCUGCUAGCAAGGUUGUGCAGCUGCAUAAACCGGCAACUACUGCAUUCAUCUUCACAAGAACCGGUGGCUUCCACCGGAUCGCUUCCACCCGUCAACCUUCCUGCCGGCUACAGAUGCGCAGUCGUUUGAAAUAUAAUAUCCCCUUCCAAAUAAAACCGUUUCAAAAAUAAUCUCACCCACCGGAAUUGGGCCCCUCCCCGAACUAAACCUCACUCUGCCGAAACAUUCGAACUAUUUGCGUCCCAUGGCCAAAAAUUCGAUGAUUACGGUAGCCUUAACUAACAUGUAUGGGUGCACCCAUCCACAUCUGCACGUACGUCUACCGGUACUUCUACUUCUA